AUGGCUCCUCCGCAAGAUCUCAAGUCUCAACAACGAGCUGUGGGACUGUUCGCAUACUACUCGCAAUGGAUAUCUCACUUUUCGGAUAAAAUUCAUCUGCUCAUCCAUAACAGAACUUUCCCUUUACCAUUGAAGGUAAUAGAAGCGUUUAAUGCUCUUAAGGAGGAACUUGCGAAAGCCACAGUGGCCACCGUUCGGUACGAUACCCCAUUAGUUGUCGAGACCGAUGCUUCAGACGUCGCUAUCGCUGCCACGCUGAACCAGAAUGGCCGGCCAGUAGCGUUCUUUUCACGUAGCCUAUCUCCAAAUGAGCGACAUCAUUCAGCUAUAGAGAAAGAAGCAUAUGCCGUAGUGGAAUUCAUACGCAAAUGGAAGCACUUCCUCCUCUGUAAUCACUUUAAACUCAUCACGGAUCAGCGUUCUGUUGCCUUCAUCUUCGGCAAUCAACAAAAAGGGAAGGUCAAGAAUGAUAAGAUCGAACGCUGGAGAUUGGAACUGUCACCAUUCAAAUUUGACAUUGUCUACCGACCUGGUAAAGAAAAUCGAGCGGCGGACAUGCUUUCCCGUAAUUGCUGUGGCGCCCUAUUAACCAGUGUGGAUUUGAAAGAACUACACGAGUCACUUUGCCAUCCCGGUGUCUCUCAACUUUCGCACUUUGUUCGAGCUCGGAAUCUCCCCUUUUCGAUGGAAGAGAUUCGCAAUGUCGUCACUAAAUGUCAGGCCUGUUGUGAAGUCAAACCCCGUUUCUUUAAAACACAAGGCCAACUCAUCAAAGCCACUCAGCCGUUCGAACGAUUGUCACUCGACUUCAAAGGUCCUCUUCCGUCGGCUACUCACAACCGCUAUCUGCUGACGAUUAUUGAUGAAUAUUCUCGUUUCCCGUUUGCGUUUGCCUGUCCUGAUCAGACUGCCGGAACUGUCAUUAAAUGUUUGUGUCAGCUCUUCUCCAUUUUCGGUACUCCUUCGUACAUACACACCGACCGGGGAUCGUCAUUUAUGUCGGAUGAUGUUCAGCAAUUCCUUCACAGUAAGGGAGUGGCGACAAGUAGAACAACUCCAUACAAUCCCCAAGGAAAUGGACAGGUUGAACGUCUGAACCAAACUCUAUGGAGGACCAUCUUGCUUGCUCUGAAAUCACAAAAUUUGCCCGUCACACACUGGGAAUCCGUCUUACUUGAUGCUUUACACUCCAUUAGAUCACUUUUGUGUACCGCCACUAAUGCAACGCCUCAUGAGAGAAUAUUUGUCUACAACAGGAGGUCAACUACUGGCACUACUCUCCCCAUGUGGCUUACCUCUCCUGGCAGAGUUCUGCUGAAGAAAAGCAAUCAACAGUCUAAGUUUGAUCCGCUCGUUGAGGAGGUGGAACUACUCCAGUGUAACCCCCAAUAUGCCCAUAUACGAUUCAGUAAUGGCAGAGAAGAAACGGUAUCUGUUCGACAGCUUGCUCCCAGCGGUGAAAAGGACGUUGGUGACUGCCACCAGGAGACGGCCACGCCGGUACCAGAAAAUCUCUCCCCACUUUCCCCUGACCACCCACCCAUUACCGAGCAAGAAAAUAGCACCGUUUCAACUGACGGACAGAAUGAUGCAACACCUGUUAGUCUUCCAAACGCUGCCGAUGUCCGUAUGCAUAACCUUGAAACAUUAACCCAACAACAACAACGUGUUCACCCAUACUGUCUUCGUAACAGAGACGCCUGA